UAACACAAAGCAUCAUAAACACAUCUGCAAACUUCACUGAUAACUCCUGAUCUCACAUCUCGACACCACUUUACACCACCACACUCCAAAUCAAACCAACAACAAACUGCCAAAAUGGGCGCCGUCGUCUCUUGCAUCACUGGCCUGUUCCGCGCCGUCGGCUCGUGCAUCAUGGCCGUCAUCAGCGGCAUUGGUGGCAUCCUGCACGCCAUCAUCAGCGGCGUCGUCAGCUUCCUCGAGAUCCUCGUCAGCUGCCUGACCUGCGGCUACUGCGGCGGCUCGCGACGGAGCUCGGGGGGCAUGGGGAGGAGACAUCGCGCAGUGGUAUAAAGAAGCGGGGGCGCAGUCCUAUGAUGGACAGAUGGGAUGAUCUGCUUCUUUUUUUCCAUUGACGUGUUGCCUUUUUUUCUUUUUUUCUUCUUUUUAAAUGGGACGAAACCCUCGAGAUACCCCCCCGGCUCAAAAAGCACUACCACAGCAUUACGAGGAAACGAAUGGCUUUGCUUAUGGGAUUGUCAUGACAGGGAUGGCGGGUUGAAUGAUAGACAGACAGAUAAAGCUGUAAAUCUUCACAAUGGAUGUGCUACUAUCCACCAUAUGGUUCAAUAUUGUGAUGGUUGCAGAGUUGCGGCACCUCACUCUGAAACAGGAGGGAGGCAUUGCCAGAUUAUCUCAUCUGAUUGCAAUCAAUCUGCAAUCAAUCUCUGCAAUCAAUCUUACAAGAUCCCGUGACACACAGACCCAUCGACUGGACGGAGUCUGCCAUGCACCCGUCCUGGUGGUAACUUGAGAGAAGAACAGAGAUAUCCAGAAGUGGAACUGCUCGAUCUUGAACCCCGACCAAGCAUGUAGCUCCCAGUACAUGAAUUGCCCCUAAACUCUUUAUCUAGUGGUACAUCGAGG